AAAAAACAGUGACAUAAGUCAGGCCCUCUCUGCCCAGCAUUUCCAUCUUCCUUGCUUCCCACAGCUUCAGGCAGGCACUGCUAACCAGCUGAUAACGAAUGCAAUAUAUUGCAGCCUUUCCGUUUGCCCCUACCAUUUCACGUAUUCAAACUUCACCACAUCUCAUGCAAGUUCAACCAAAAUCUCACCAGUCGCGUCCGUAGUCAGGAUUAAGAUGGCGGAGGACUACCAAAGCACCUUGUUCGACUCUUGCCUGAUUGCCUUCGUGAUCAGCAAGUCGUUGUCACCUCAGGCUAUUUUACAGUUGUCGGACGUCGUCAAGAAGAACGGGGCUCAGGUCCUCGAACCCGACAGACAUGGGAAAAUACGGAUACCCCAGGCCACACAUAUCGUUUCCAAUACCAUCGACUUCGACCAGUAUGCCGAAGCUCAGGCAAUGAUGAUUCCGGUUGUCACCGCCGACUGGAUCAAGACUUCGCUUGCAAGGAAUAGACAAAACCAGGUCCGGCCAUACUCGCCUGACCCGCGAAACAUAUUCUCCAACGUCACCCUCACCUGUGCUGACAUUCCGUUGGGCGACAAAGAGGCCAUCAUUGGCGCGACUAUGGCCCUGGGCGGCAUGGAAUCUAAGGACCUUACGCGCCUAACAACUCAUAUCUGCGCUCUCUCCAUGGACCAUCCCAAGUGCCAGCAGGCUAUUAAGAAAGGCCACCCUUGCAAGAUUGUCCUUCCCCACUGGUUCGACGACUGUUUCAAGUUGGGAAAGAGGAUAGACGAGGCACCGUACCUACUACCGGACCCGGAGAUUUUACGAGUGCAGCCCGAAGACCAUAUCAAGGUUCCGUCUAGCCAGCACCUGGAAGGCGCUACAUCCGUCGUUCCAGACACUCUGGCCGCAGUUCAUUCAGAGGCGAGUAGUCGGCAGAGUCUGGUCGUCUUCUCGCAGAAGAAGGUGUUGUUAUCGGUGGACCUGCCGAUCAAUACGCGGCUGCGCAACAUUCUUCAGGAGCUCAUAAAGAGCGGCGGAGGAGAGGUCGUUGACUCUGUGGAUGCCUGCGACAUGUUCAUCUGCCAGUUCCGCGACGGAGAAAAGUAUAAACGCGCUGCCCAGUCUGGGAAGGAUGUCGGGAACCUGGCAUGGCUUUACCACCUCAUCGUACACAACGAGUGGACCUCGCCAUUCAGACGCCUCCUCCACUAUCCCAUCCCCAAGAACGGUAUUCCUGGCUUCAAGGAUAUGAGGAUCACCCUGUCCAAUUAUGGGGGCGAGGCACGGAUAUAUCUGGAGAAUCUCAUAACGGCAGCUGGCGCGACUUUUACCAAGACGAUGAAGGCGGACAACACCCAUCUCAUAACAGCUCGGAUGAAUAGUGAAAAGUGCGACGCCGCCAAGGACUGGAAUAUCGACAUCGUCAACCACCUUUGGAUAGAGGAGAGCUACGCCAAAUGUGAGGUACAACCGCUCACGGUCCCGAACUACACUCACUUUCCUAGCCGUACGAAUCUCGGUGAAGUCAUCGGCCAGACCUUCCUUGACGAGACGAAGUUGCAUGCAUUAUACUACCCCGGCGGGGACAAUAAUCUCGACGGUGCUGCGAAGAGACGGAGGAAGAUACAUGACGCUGCCCAGGAGAAUCUACUUGCGAUCGGGCAGAGCCCAGAUGUUGCCAAUGGGCGUCGGGAAUCUAGAGACUUUGAUAUCAUGAAGGAUUCAAGCCUAGACAGCUCGGGGACGACUCCUAAAGCGGCCCCCCAGCGAGCACAGAAGACCCACACAUACGCAACGCCGGCCAAGGGGCGCCAUGUUCGGUCAGGGAAGGAGAACGACACGCCAUCCAUACUGUCAAGCGGGAGCCGCAGCGCAAAAGCACAGGCUCUUUCAAAGCUCCAGGACAUGUCGGUCGAUAUCGCUCUAUACGAGAAAGAGAAGAAGCGGGCGGCGAAGGACGGCGGCCUCUGGGGCGGCAAGCGGGCUGCGGAUCAGCUCGACAAGGAACGUAGUGGCACAAAAUCGAGCCCGGUACACGACAGGCCAGUGAACGAUGAUGACGAGGAAACCAGGCGUCCGGCCAAGAAGCACAAACCUUCCCUGCCGCCAGCAGAAAUGCGGGUUGUCCUGACAGGGUAUAAACGGUGGAUUGCGGACACGAACAGAGAAGACAUUGAUCGGCGCAAGCUUCGCAAGCUCGGCGUCCAAAUUGUCACGGACAAUGUCCCAUGCGACUACCUUGCGGCCCCUCAGAUGGUCCGUACCAUGAAGUUCUUGCGCACUCUGGCUCGAGGCGUUGACGUUCUGGACUCGUCUUUUAUUGAUGAAUGUUUGGAUACUGGCAAGUUGCCCGACGUCCAGUCCUAUCUUCUAAAGGAUAAGGAGAAUGAGAAGAAGUUUGGCGUCGUCCUUCAAAAAGCGACCGCCAGAGCCCGUGCCAACCGCGGGCGCCUUCUUUGGCAUAUUCCUAUCUACUGUACCGCUGAGAUUAAGAAUGGUGUCGAGAACUAUCGGACAAUCGCUGAGGCAAACGGUGCCAUUUUCAAGGUCUACCGCGCCCGGAGUGGCACUACCAUCCGGCCGACGACGGCCGAGGAGGACGGCGGUGCCGACCCCGAGCCGGUAUAUCUACUGACUUCGACCUCCGAGUCGGAGAAGCAGCUCUGGCCGCGGUUCGAGGAGAUGGCGAGAAAGGGCAACAUGGAGCCGAGGAUCGUGGUCUCGGAUUGGCUGUUGGAUGUCGCUAUGAGGCAGGAGUUGUUGUUCGACAAGGCGUACCUUGUGAAGGAGUACUUCCCCAACGUGUAGGGAGGUGGUUUGUUGGAUUUUAGCGAACCUGGCGUUUUGGGUUUGUCGAUUUGCCGCGCGUUUGACUCGUUUCUGUUGGAGCUGUUGCUUCCCUGACCACGCCGCCACUGAAGAUCGCUUCCGUGUAUUGUACCAUAGCCAAUAAACAGACAGGGCCUGGAACUCAUAAUCCCCCAGAUGAUCUUCGGUCGUUGAUAUCAGAAGAACUUAACGCCCUGUGAA